GACGACUGAGCGGAAGUGCCCCGUUGGGCCGCUGACCGGUCUGUCAUGGCGGCCGCGGCCGCUUCCCCUGCUCUGAAGCGGCUGGAUCUGCGCGACCCCGCGGCGCUUUUCGAGACCCAUGGAGCGGAGGAGAUCCGUGGGCUGGAGCGCCAGGUUCGGGCCGAGAUUGAGCACAAGAAGGAGGAGCUGCGGCAGAUGGUGGGGGAGCGGUACCGUGACCUGAUUGAGGCGGCUGACACCAUCGGCCAGAUGCGCCGCUGCGCCGAGGGGCUGGUGGACGCCGUGAAGGCCACCGACCAGUACUGCGCCCGCCUCCGCCAGGCCGGCUCGGCCGCGCCCCGGCCGCCGCGGGACCCGCAGCCACAGCUGCCGUCCCAGGAGAAGUUCUACAGCAUGGCUGCCCAGAUCAAGCUACUCCUAGAAAUUCCUGAGAAGAUCUGGAGCUCGAUGGAGGCGUCUCAGUAUCUCCACGCCACACAGCUCUACCUGCUCUGCUGCCACCUCCACACCCUGCUCCAGCUGGAUGCUUCUAGCUCCCGAUACAGCCCUGUCCUGUCCCGAUUCCCUAUACUCGUCCGGCAGGUGGCAGCAGCCAGCCACUUCCGGUCAACCAUUCUGCAGGAGAGCAGGAUGCUCCUGAAGUGCCAGGCCGUGUCCGACCAAGCCGUGGCCGAGGCCCUGUGUGCUAUAAUGCUCUUAGAAGAGAGUUCUCCUCGCCAAGCCCUAACAGACUUCCUGUUGGCCAGAAAGGCGGCUAUUCAGAAACUUCUCAACCAGCCGCACCACGGUGCUGGUGUCAAGGCUCAGAUUUGCUCUCUCGUGGAGCUGCUGGCCACAACCUUGAACCAAGCCCAUGCUCUUUUCUACACUUUACCGGAAGGUCUGCUGCCAGAGCCGUCCCUGCCGUGUGGCUUGCUCUUCUCAACUCUGGACACCAUCACAGGCCAGCAUCCCCCUGGGAAGGGCCUUGGUGUUCUGCAGCAGGAGAUGAAGCUGUGCAGCUGGUUCAAGCACCUGCCCGCAUCCGUCGUCGAGUUCCAGCCGGCUCUCCGGACGCUGGCGCACCCCAUCAGCCAGGAGUUCCUGAAGGACACGCUGCAGAAGUGGAUCCACAUGUGUAAUGAAGACAUUAAAAAUGGGAUUGGCAGCCUGCUCGUGUACGUGACGAGCAUGAAAGGUCUCGCGGGCAUCCGGGAUGCCAUGUGGGAAUUGCUUGCCAACGAGUCCAUCCAUCACAGCUGGGAUGUGAUCUGCCGGCGGCUCCUGGACAAGCCGCUCUUAUUCUGGGAGGAUUUGAUGCAACAGCUGUUCCUUGACCGGCUGCAGACUCUGACAAAAGAAGGCUUUGACUCCAUCUCCAGUAGUUCCAAAGAGCUCCUCAUUGCAGCUUUGCAGGAGCUGGAAAGCAACACCAGCAGUUCUACUUCAAAUAAGCACAUCCACUUUGAGCAUAACAUGUCUCUCUUCCUCUGGUCCGAGAGUCCCAGCGACCUGCCUUCCGCCGCCGCCUGGGUCAGCGUGUCAAGCCGGGCUCAGUUUCCCAGCAGCGGGCUCGCCAUGAAAGCACAAGCUGUUAGCCCUUGUGUCCGGAACUUCUGUUCUGCCCUAGAUUCUAAACUGCAGGUGCAGUUAGAGGACCUCCUGGCUUACCUCCCCUCCGGUGAUCCAGCGCUGCCCAAGGACGUCUCCCCCGCGCAAGCCAAGAACUGCGCCUUCGACAGAUACGCAGAUGCGGGGACCGUGCAGGACAUGCUGCGGACGCACUCCACGGCAUGCAUCAAGCGCGUCCUGAACUGCAUCCAGGCAGAGCUGCAGAGCGUUGAGCAGGCUCUCCAGGGGCAGCAGGAUGUCCUCGGCGGGGUCAAGCUGCAUGCAGUCCUUUUCAUGGCCAGACUUUGCCAGUCGCUGGGAGAACUGUGUCCCCACCUGAAGCAGUGCAUCUUGGGAAAAUCAGGAACCACCGAGAAAUCAACAAGGGAUUCUAGGGCUCUAAAAAAGCAGGGGAAGGGGAAAGCUCAAGAAAUGAUUCCCAUGCAGGCCAAGUGGCAGGAAGUUAAGGAGCUCCUCCUGCAGCAAAGCGUGAUGGGCUACCGGGUCUGGAGCUCAGUGGUUGUGAAAGUUUUGGCUCAUGGAUUCACCCAGUCAUUACUGUUAGAUGAUGCUGGCUCAGUCCUGGCCACAGCCACCAGUUGGGAUGAACUAGAAAUUCAGGAAGAAGCAGAGUCUGGCAGCAGCGUCACGUCCAAGAUCCGACUCCCUGUCCAGCCGUCCUGGUAUGUACAGUCCUUCCUGUUUAGCUUAUGCCAGGAAGUUAAUCGGGUUGGAGGCCAUGCCUUGCCAAAGGUGACGCUGCAGGAGAUGCUGAAAAGCUGUAUGGUUCGAGUAGUGGCCGCCUAUGAGAAACUUGCAGAAGAAAAGCAGUUGAAGAAAGAAGGUGCAUUUCCAAUGACCCAGAAUCGGGCACUGCAGCUGCUUUAUGAUCUGCGUUAUCUCAACAUUGUGCUGACAGCCAAGGGUGAAGAGAUGAAGAGUGGCCGCAGCAAACCAGACUCCAGGGUUGAGAAGGUGGCGGACUACUUGGAAGCACUCAUCGACCCGUUUGACCUGGACGUCUUCACGCCGCACCUGCACAGCAACCUGAAUCGCCUGGUGCAGCGGACGUCUGUGCUUUUUGGGUUAGUGACUGGGACAGAGAAUCCCUUCACCUCCCGGAGCGGUACCUUCAACUCCCAGGAGCCCCACAACAUCCUGCCACUGGCAUCGAGUCAGAUCAGGUUUGGACUUCUUCCACUGAGCAUGACAAGCACUCGAAAGGCCAAAUCAGCCAGCAGAAGCCUCGAAACAAAAGCCCAGUGGGCUGCCAUCCAUUAAGCCUGCGAGAGUCCUCCUGGGUAUUUCCGAAUUGUGUUCAUGUGUGUUUGAGAGCUCAACAGCUGGUCUUCUUACAGCAUUUAGUCAUUGUUGGUUUGCUUUCUUGUUAGAUAAAAUACUAGCAAUGUACCCUUUCCGUAUUCCCUGCCAUCAAACCCAUUAAGAUCCAAAAUCCUCAUCAAAUGUCUGGUUCUAAAACUUGGGAGAUGGUAAUAAAAAAAAAGGAGUUCCUACACAAACCACCCGCUCGAGAAGCAUGGGCCCGUGCUGUAAGCUUGCCCACCAGUCUCCAUGUCUGCCCGUAGAAACCGAGCUUUCGGCUCUCCCACGGCAGAGGAGCAGACCCAGGAAGGGAAGUAAAGUGCUUACCCUCUUCCCGUAGUCCACGUCCUCAAAUUGCAGUUCCGUCACAUAAUAAAAUCUCCUUCUGUCCCAUGUCCUCCUCACAUCUUGACAAAGAGCCAAGUCCCCUGACCAGAGCUCUGGGCGCUUCUAGCUCUGCCUGUGUGCUGUGCGGACUGCGGGCGGCGUGGAGGGUGAGCAGGUGGGGGACCGCGUGGACUCUAAGGCACUUUCCUCUCCGUACAAUGGCAGGUUGUCCCCCCGGCACUCCCCAGAGCAGAUGACCCGAGGCAUCCUGGCUCCUUGUUCAGACAGCUGGUCACUGAGGAAGAAGACUCAUCUACGCCUUCGUUAUUCAAGCUGGGGUGGCUCUCUAGCAUGACCAAGUGACAUGGGACAACCCAUCUCUAAAUAAAUACUACACGUUAUUUCUUCUA